CAUUCACUGUCCGAGUUACAGCAUCUUCGGGGUCGCUGUGUGCCAGCACAUCAACUCUUUUCAAUAAAAAUGGAUGGAAAAACAGAUGUGAAGUCUCUCAUGGCGAAGUUUAACACAGGAGGCAACCCGACAGAGGACGUCUCGGUCAACAGCCGACCCUUUAAAGUCCCGGGGCAAAAUUCACCUUCAGGAGUACAAGCCAAAAAGAACUUAUUCAACAACCAAGGAAAUGCCAGCCCUCCACCAGGACCCAGCAACCUACCAAAGUUUGGGUCUCCAAAGCCACCAUUGGGGGUGAAAACUUUUUCUGAGGAAAAGCCUGACAAGGAGCCCAAGCCCCCAUUUUUAAAGCCCACAGGAGUGGGCCAAAGAUUUGGAUCACCGGCAGCCUCGGCCACCAGAGACCCUGAGGUGAAAGCGGGAUUUCUGAAACCUGCAGGCCCCAAGCCAACCAACUUGCCCAAGGAAGAUUUGAAACCCGUGUUUCCCCGGCCUCCUGGGAACAAGCCUUCGUUUCACAGUAUAAACCAGGACCACGACAUAAAGCCCCCAGGCCUGAAGCCUGGGUUUAAUCCUCCAGCCCAGGAAAAUGAACAGAAGCAAGUCUUCCCAAAGUUGUCUGGGAUUCAAGGCAAGUUUGUGUCAGCUUCACAAGAUCAUGACCCCAAGCCCCACUUUCCCAAACCUGUCUUUGGCCAGAAGUCAUCCCUGAGUGUCGAUGGCCCCCAUGAAGUCGAGAAUCCCACCAAGAAUGCAUCUCCACAGAGGGGAGUCAAGCCCAAAAUUGCCCCUUUAAAACCACCAAGGGAAGAUUCAAACAAUAAAGAUCAUGGAGGCGAGACGUCGAGUUCGCCUUUUCCUGGAGUGGUUCUGAAACCUGCUGCAAGCAGAGGGGUCCCAGCUCUGUCCAAAAAUGCAGAAGAGAGAAAGGAGGACAGAAAGAUAGAUGCUGCUAAGAAUGUAUUCCUGAGCAAAAUAAAUCAGGAAGAGUCCACCUCUGGGGCUCCUCCUGCCAAGUUCCCUAAGACACCUUCUAAGGUGACAAUGACAGGGCCUUGGGGCCAAAGUCAAGAAAAGGAAAAAGAAGACAAGAAUUCAGCUGUCCCUAAGCAGAAGCCCCUGCCUCCCUUGUUUGUCUUGGGGCCACCACCACCAAAACCCAACAGACCGCCAAAUGUUGACCUGACGAAAUUCCAAAAAGCUACUUCUGGAAACAGUAUCAGCAAGGGGCAAGUACCUUACUCAGCAACUGCUUUACCACCACCGCCACCACCUCAUCCAGCCAGCCAACCGCCACUGCCAGCAUCUCACCCAACACAACUACCAGUUCCAAGCCUACCUCCCAGGAACAUUAAACCUCCCAUAGAUCUAAAAAGCCCUAUGAAUGAAGAAAAUCAAGAUGGUGUCAUGUACUUGGAUGGUUCUGGAAAUCCAGAGGAGGAAGAAAGUGAAGGAGAAACAUAUGAAGACAUGUAUGAGUUGCAUUUUUUUCUAACAGGCCCGAUUCAAGUCAUCCAUCAAGCAAAAGCUUGCUGCGAUGUCAAAGGAGGAAAGAAUGAACUGAGCUUCAAGCAAGGAGAGCAAAUUGAAAUAAUCCGCAUCACAGACAACCCUGAGGGCAAAUGGUUAGGCAGGACAGCCAGGGGGUCAUAUGGCUAUAUUAAGACAACUGCUGUACAGAUUGACUAUGAUUCCUUGAAACGGAAGAAAACCUCUCUGGGUCCUCUUCCAUCGAGACAUAUUGAAGAUGACCAAGAAGUGUAUGAUGACGUUGCAGAGCAGGAUGAAGCUAGCAGCCACAGUCAGAGUGGAAGUGGAGGGAUGUUCCCACCUCCCCCAGAUGAUGAUAUUUAUGAUGGAAUCGACGAGGAAGAUGCUGAUGAUGGCUCCACGCCACAGGAUGAAGACAAGAACAAUUCGUGGUCCUGGGGGAUUUUGAAGAUGUUAAAGGGAAAAGAUGACAGAAAGAAAAGUAUACGAGAGAAAUCUAAAGUCUCUGAGUCAGACAAUAAUGAAGGUUCAUAUUUCCCUUCUCCUCCUAAAGAAUUGGACAUGGGAGAGGAGGUGUAUGAUGACGUGGAAGCCUCUGAUUUCCCUGCUCCCCCAGCAGAGCUGAGCCAAGGAUCCAAGGCCAAGACAGAAGAAAAAGACCUUAAGAAGCUAAAAAAACAGGAAAAAGAAGAAAAAGACUUUAGGAAAAAAUUUAAAUAUGAUGGUGAAAUUAGAGUUCUAUAUUCAACCACAGUAACACCCUCCUUAACUUCUAAAAAGUGGGGGAACAGAGAUCUACAGGUAAAGCCUGGUGAAUCUCUUGAAGUUAUACAAAACACAGAUGAUAUAAAAGUUCUCUGCAGGAACGAAGAAGGAAAAUAUGGUUACGUCCUUCGGAGUUACUUGGUGGACAAUGAUGGAGAGAUCUACGAUGACAUUGCUGAUGGUUGCAUCUAUGACAAUGACUAGCUUUCAGCUUUGAUCAUUCUGCAGUGUUCAUUUGAUGCCAAUAUGAAGUCUGGGUUUUAAUUGGGUAUCAUAGCAAGUGAAUGUACAAAACUACUUAGUAUCAUUUGUUAUAAAGUUCAGGUUAUCUUUAUAAAGUUUUGAAAUUUCGGACAUAGAAAAUGAUAUCUUUGCUUAAUCAACAUCUUGGAAGACUGCAUCAAUGAGAUAUAAUAUCUUAUAAUAAAAAUAGUAAGAACUAUUUUCUGCCUCAGCUACAAUUACGAAGGCACUUCUUUCAUAUCAUCAAAAGACAGCCCUUCUUUUAAAAAGCAAAUCAUUUGAGAAGAAAUGACUGUGUUGUCUAAAGAAAUAUGGGAAGAACAAUAAGGAAAUAUAAAAAAAGGAAAUUUUAAAACAUCCCACAAGAAGAAAACUAUUGUUUGCUCCUCUAAUUGCAAUUAUAUCUUAUAUUCUCUAUUCAAAUUAUCUGUCUUUAAAAAAGCAGAACUGUCUUCUCUGUUGCUGGCGGGUUAAAUGUUUUUGAAAAUUACAGUAGUAACAGAACUUUUGUAUAAAGUUUGUCCCUAUUUGUUAAUUGUGAAUAUGUGUUAAUUAUUUGAUAAGGAUGUAUGCAUUUUGGUAUGCACACAUGAGAUUAAAACUAUAGAAGAGUCUAAAAUGUUUUCUUUUUGCAGAUUCAUAUGCUAACAGUAUAAUUCUGUAUUCUGUUUAAAGUACUAUUGUAACUAGAGUAUAAAUGAAUGCGGGCUCCCUAAAAUUAUUCAAAAUGGACUUUGAAAUUAGCCUUUUAUGGCACUUCUUCAUUAUGAAGACUUUUAAAAAGAUUUUUAUUUCUAUUUUUGUUUUUCAAUUACCUCAAUGGAGCUUUUUUUAAAAAAACUACUUUACUGGAAAGUUGGCCAGCAGAGGGAGUACAAAUUAAUAAACCCCGGUGUUUGUAUUAGGGUGUUUCUAGUCAUACAUACUCUUUCCCAAAGCAACCUAACAACAAAAUGUGAAGCAUUUGGGUCUAAAAUGCUAAGAACACUAAACACCAUGAUA